UACCCUAACACAGCCAGCCCGGGACCACCACGCCGCGCGGUACCGCCGCCGACGCCGCACUUCCCCUCGCGCCGCGCCGCUGUUCUCUUCUCCGGCCGCGCUUCUGCCGCGCGGAGAGGUUCGCCGCCUCGAUCGACAUCCGUCCCCCCUCCAGAUGGCGUCCCGGGGCCGCGGGAGAGGCCGGGGGAGGCGGGGAGGAGGGUACGGCUUCGACCACCCGGCCAAGCACACCCCCCACGAGGAUUUCCCGGACAUCACCCUGCCGGAGAUGACGUGCGCCAGGGCGACCAUGGAGGAGAAGGCUCUGAUACAGUCCACCUUGAAAUUUGAGGAUUUCUGGAAGACUUCUUGCUACCACCUGGAGGAGGAUGUCCCCAAGAAAAAGAAUGAUGAUAAAGAGAUUGAAAGGUAUUCUGAUAGGAAACGUAAGACACAUUCCAAACGUGAAGCUCUUGCGUCAUAUCUUAUACUAACUCCUGCAAAUUUCCCUGUGGAACUAGUGCAAGGUUCUAAGCGAGGACAGCCAAGCAGUAAGAAGCUGCGUUGGGAUAGAAGCUCAGAUGAUCAGGCAUUUGAAGUUUUUGAGAAGCUUGAAGAGAAGCACAAGGACGGAGACAAGAAAACAGAAAAGGAUGGGGAUGAUGAGGAUGAACAUGAAGAGGAAGAAGUAGAAGAGGAGAAUUCAGAUGAUGAUUAUAAUCAGAAUAUCGAGUUUGAUGACGACGAUGAUGACUGGAACCAAGAGGAGGAAGCACAUGAAGACUACUAUGAUUAGAGCCACUGUCUACAAAAGUUGUCCAAUAUCAAGUUUUGUUUCUGUUCAUUUUUCUCUAUAGUACUUGCUAGGUGAUUAGAGGUAAAUGUUUUCCUGUCAAUAUGCGGUAUCAGAAACUAGGAUCUGUCUGAAUUCUGAAAUAUGGAGUAGGCUGCUGCUACUGUUCCUAUUGUACUGAAGACUGGCAAGAAUUGAUUUAUAUGUUCUGGGAUGUGCUUCGUUCGAUAUUAUUAUUCCCACAUAGUAUUUGCCUUCAAAA